AUGAAGACCGGUUCUUCGCGCAAGGAACGUGUCACGAAUCCCUCUGUUGCCGACAACGAUUCCACGACUAGCUUUGACAGCUCCAUGUCUGCUUCAGCCUCGAACGACCAUGAUACGGCUGUCGGAAUACUCGAUCCACAACAAUCAUCUCGGCGCAGGGAGAUGUUGGCCUUGAUUAACAAAAUGAGAAGUACCGGGGCGCAGCUCGACCUCGACCUUCCCGUCAUCGCGGUCAUUGGUUCUCAGAGUGCGGGAAAGUCGUCGCUUGUAGAGAGUGUCUCUGGUAUAACACUGCCUCGUGCGUCUGGCACCUGUACACGAUGCCCGACAGAGUGUCUGCUGGCACAGUCCGACGGUCCAUGGUCAUGCAUCGUUUCGCUGCGGUUGGUUACCGAUGAGCACGGUGCCCCGUUGGACCAACCACGGACUGUACAAUUCGGCAGCCCUAUCUUCCAGAAGGAGGACGUUACGGAGCGCAUUCGGCGUGCUCAGCUCGCCAUACUCAAUCCGAGCCACGACCACGAGCGCUACAUUGAGGGAACGUGGGAUACGAACACUUCCCGGGAGAUCUCUUUCUCUUCCAACUGCGUUUGUCUCCAUAUCACUGGCAAGGAUCUGGAGGACCUAUCCUUUGUCGAUCUUCCAGGUUUCAUCGUAGGAGGCGAGGCCGUAGAUCGGGAGCUCGUGCAGAAGCUUGCAGAGGCUUAUAUAUCAAAGCCCAGUUGUAUCAUUCUUCUGACUGUAGCCUGCGAAACGGAUUUUGAGAAUCAAAGUGCCCAUCGACUCGCUGAGCAACAUGACCCGCAUGGUACUCGCACUAUAGGUGUUCUCACGAAGCCGGAUCGCAUUCCCAAGGGGGAGGAAGAAACAUGGAUUCAUCUUCUCAACGCCGAGCUCGAUGCCGUCGAUUACUUCUGCAUCAAGAACCCCGCAUCGCAAGAAAUAAAGGACGGUGUCUCCUGGGAGUUGGCACGUACGCGUGAACGCGAGUUCUUCGAGAGCACUGCUCCAUGGGCGACCCUUGAUUGGCAUCACAACCAGAAACUGGGAACCGACAAGUUGACGGCGCGCCUAGGCAAGAGCUUGACAAACUUGAUCGUCCGGAGGUUGCCUCAGCUUCAGGAAGAGCUCGAAAAGCUUCUCGAGACGACGGAAUCGUCUAUAGACACGCUGCCUUCUCCACCUUCGAGCGAACCCGUCGCAGAAAUACUACAGCUUGUCGGCAAGUUUACGCAAGCAGUGGAGCGCCAGACGCAAGGUAUACCAUCUGAAGACGGCCUACUGCAGAGCCUGCGGCCGGCCCAAGUUACUUUUCAGCACGCUAUUCGUAUCACCGCGCCCGACUUCCGCCCCUUCGAUAAGCCCGGGCCCAACGACGUAGCGCCCACAGUGCCCAUUCCUUCAUUUUUGACCAACGAAGAGCGCGAUCGUGACAGCAUGUUCGAACCUAUGGACGACAGGAAAGCUAUCUACGUUGAUGACGUCAUGGCGAAGGCUCAAGCUGCGGUGACACGCGAGCUGCCUAACAACUACCCGUUCGUCGUCACGCAGCAGCUCAUUGUCAACGCUGUAUCCAAGUGGGGUUCUCCAGCCGACACUCUCUUCAAUGCGACGGCACAAGCGUUGCGUAAACGCCUGUCCCGCAUCUCGAGCAUCGUCUUCGAGCACUUGCGCGAACGCGCGGCCGACACUCAAGCCUGGUUGUCGCGAUUGCAGAUCAUGGAACGGAAUCCUUUCACUCGGAAUGACCAUUACUUCGCCGACUACAGAGAGAAGUUCCUCACUCAUUACAAGGCGGUUCGUCGACAGGAUAGCAAUGAUUUCAUCGCUCGGCUUGACAGAGGAGAAUCCGAUGUCGACGAAGGCUUCAGGGAGACCCUCAACUCGGCAAUGGCAAGCAUCCACAGCCUAGGGUUCCACGAGUUUGCGCCCGCGAACCUACCCCGCCUCUUACCUCCCGAUUCGUGCGAGGCUGCCAUCGAGAUCAUGGCCGAUGUGCGCGCGUACUUCCAGGUUGCGUACAAGCGCUAUAUCGACAAUGUGCCCAUGACUAUCGACUACGGGCUCGUCUCAGGUAUGAACAUCGACCUCGGCAAGACUCUCUACAACGGCCUCGGUGUCGGCGGCGUGGAAGGGUUCGAGCGUUGUCGUCGACUACUCGAAGAACCUGAAGACGUCUCGCAGCGUCGCGAUCAGCUCGUGAAACGGCGUGAACGAUUGCGCCGCGCGCGCGAGGAAUUGCUCGAGGUUUUCGCUUGA